AUGUCCCUUGCAAAGUCUCAGUCGGCUUCCGAAGCCCGGGUGGAACAUGUUGCUGAGCCAGAACAUGAUAUUCACAAUGCCAAAGGAUGGCUGAACUGGCCAACAUUCUGCUAUAUGGUCAUUAUCGGUCUGUCCAUGGGGCUCUAUGGCUACGACAACAACUUUGCCGCUCCACUGGUCCAGCUGCCCCUCUUCAUCCAAAAGUAUCAGGGCCCCGGGCUCACUUUCACCCUCUCUGACAUGCUCCCGAGGCAGGCCCGGAACCUGAACCUUCUCACCCCUGUGCCCCUUGUCGGCGCAGCGAUAGGAACCUUCAUCGCGCCUGCGGGAAUGCGGCGCCUGGGCCGCAAGAAGACCAUGAUAGCUGCUUACGGCCUCCUAUGCACGCCCGGAUCAUUCCUGCAGCUUUUUGCACCAAACAUGGCCGCCUUGGUCGCCGGUCGUUUCUGGAACUGUGCGCAAACAAACCCUUGUGAAGAAGACUCUCAAGACACCUUGGCUAAUCGUUUAAACGCAGAUGUCGGUAUUAGUAUCUUGACAACCACUGCCCCUCUCUACCUGGCCGAGUUUGUCCCCGCCGACUUUCGCGGCAGGGCUAUUGAUCUCUGCUUCGCAGGUGUCGCUGCCGUCGGCGUCCUCGCGACCACGGUCGUCUGGGGCACGGAGAAGAUCAAGGACGAGCGACAAUACAUGAUACCUCUCGCCAUACAAGCGGCCGUGCCGGUAGGGCUUUGCCUCCUCACCUUUCUGAUCCCAGAGUCGCCGGUCUGGGACAUCCAGCACGGCCGGCUAGACUCUGCGCGGCGCACGCUGCUGGUCCUUCGCAACAACCGAGCCGACAUUGUCGACGCCGAAAUCUCCAUGUACCAGGCCGCCGACGAGCGCACGCAGGCGUCAAACUUCUGGCACAUCCUGGACCGGGAGAACCUUCAGCGCACCCUGAGCGCCGGCACGAUCCUGUCGGCGUCCCAGGUUGGCGGCCAGAUCCUGAUCUUGACAUACGCGACCGUCAUCCUCGUCGCGAGCGGGGUUGGGAACCCGUUUGAGAUCACUGUCAUUAUAUCCAGCCUGCAGUUCCUCGGCACGGUGGUCGGUCCGUUCCUCGUGGACAAGGCCGGCCGCCGACCGGUAGCGCUGGUCGGCUUCACGAUCCUCCUGCUCCUGAAUCUCGCGGCCGGCAGCUUGGGUGCCGCGGGCCUGACGAGCGAGACGCAAAAGCUGGCAUUGGCCGCGGUCUUCAUCCUGUUCGGCUUCUUCAAUGCCGUUUCUUUCCAGUCGCUAUGCUUUGUUCUACCCACCGAGAUUGCUUCGCCAGCCCUACGCGAGCCGACGAUGGCCUGGUCAGUCUUCUGGUCGUACACCACCGCCGUUGUUACCACCUUUGCCGUGCCGCGGAUUAUGAGUGCCGACGCGGCCAACCUCGGUGUCAAGACGGCAUACGUCUUUGCGGGCUGUGUCUUCGUCACCACCAUCUGGGCGUAUUUCUACCUGCCCGAGACCAUGGGCCGGACUGUGGCGGAGAUUGACGAAAUGUACCGCAUUGGUCUGCCGAUGAGGAAGUGGAGAGGAUACAGCUGCGAGAGUUCGAAUAUCACCAACAGCGAAAAGGCCGACCUUGCUGACGUCUAA